AUAUCGCGACAUACCCUCCUUCUGCACGGGCAGGCUGGGGCUGUGGAACCAGGACUCCCAGGACCACCAGGGCCCGGCCCGCCCGCGCCGUCCACCGGCAUGAGCUGGGCUGAGCGGCUGGACUCCCUCCUCAGCGCCACGGACGACAGCAUGGCCAGGAUAAAGCAGCGGCUCUGCCCGUCAGGAACUAACACAUGGGGCCAUCAGUCCGGAGACCCCCUCCCUAGCCGGACGCCGAGGCCUCACUCAGAUGUGUCCUGCUGCCGGACGGUCAGAGACGAGGUUGCCGCCCUCAAGGGCCAGUUGCAAGCCCAGGCUCAGGUUAUGACGUCUCUGAGCCAGGCCGUGAGGGAGCUCAUUCAGGAGAAGGAACAUCAGAGGCACCGAAUCUGCGGCUUGGAAGAGCAGCUGGGCUGGCUCCAGGGCAUCCUCACGAGGGCCGUCUCUCUGGAACGGCGUGUGGAGGGACUGAGCGGCGAGCUGCAGGGCCUCAGAGAGCAGGUUCGGGGCGGGCCUGGUGACGUGGGGCCCGGGGAGGCCAGCCUGGCAGCUCACCUGGGGCAGAAGUGGCAGGACAGAAUCGUCUCCUCUGCCCUCCUCGGCCCGCCCCCCAGGACCACCGCGGUCCCUUCCGACCGGACGCUGUAUGAGACGGGGAGGUGGGAUCCGGGAUCCAGGCUCCUGCGGGACCAGCUGGACCACCGGCCGGGGACAGUGCUGAGCCGGAGCUCGGAGAGCACGGCGGCCGGGCCGGAGUGGAGCCAAAGCCAGAAGGGCCUGGACCGGACCGUGGAGUUGGCCAGGACGGAGAUGGAGGUUGCCCGACGGGAGCUUGACCACAUCAGGUCCGUGCUGACCACCCUCCAGACCCAGCUCCGGGCUCUGCCCCGGGAGCCGGGGGCUGCAGGGAAGGGCACAGGCCCUAACUCUCUGGCCCGGUCCUGGUCCGGCCUCUCCUCGUCGUCGGCCUCCAAGUCCAGCUGUUCGAGCAGUGGCGGUGACACAAGCAGUGGCUUCUGGGCCAAAGGCUGCGGUGGGUCACAGCAGGCCAGAGCCGGUUCCUGGAGCAGCCCUGAGCCGGAGCAGGUGAGGACCGCAGAGCUCAGCACCGAGCGCGAGGAGGACCCUGAGCCGGACAAGGCGAGGACCCUGAGGCUCAGCACCGAGGACGGGGAGGAUCCCGAGCUGCUCUUUAUCGACCUGGGGUAGGAGCAGGCUGCCCCAGUGGCCUGGCCGUCCCCUUCUUGCCCCCACCGUGGCAGCUCAUCCUGUCACCAGCCAGCACCUCUCCCUUGACCCCCGAGAGCUCGUCAGAGCCAGGCUGGCCCUUCCUGUUCCUCCGGCUGGCCCCCAGGUUCACUGUUCCCUCUCUUCCUGGGCCCCUUCCCCUCAGCACUGUCGGGAAUGGGUGAUGGGAUCGGAGCCCUAGAGGAGGGUACUCUGUCCCUAGGCCCCCAGCCCUCUCCAGAAAAACGUGGUAGAUUCGUCAGGGGUCAUUUCUGUUGCCAACCUGUGAAGGGAGAUGGGACCAGCACCUGCUCAUUUCCCACUCCAGGCUAAGCCUCAGCUCUCUGGCUCUCUCGAGCCCUCACAGCACCGCUAUCUUGGUGAGGGCUGCCUUGGCACUGGGCUCCCCUUGGGGGCAUGGAGUUGGGCAACUCUAUAUGCUCACUGCCCCAGUGACACUGGAAGCUUCAGCGAUUCACCUCCCUUAACUCUGGAGAAUAAAGAACUCAAUCUUCAAAUCUGA